CCAGAGUGGCGGGGCUUGAACUUUUCUCUUCCUUCUUUUUGGAGGCCACUCCGGACAAUGUCAGUUGCUGCCGUUGCCCGGAGUGAAUCGACGCACCUGGAGUUCCCGGUCCUCGCAUCGAGCAUCUCCCAGUAUGAGUGCCGCCAAGUUCAUGUGCGCGGUCAUCACCAGGGCCCUGUUCGUCCUGCUGUGUCUGCUGGGAGUUUUCAGGGUCACCUGGGUGACGGAGGAGCCCCUCUACUGGCUGCUGACCUUCCUCCUGCUGCCGCUGGUGGCAGAGAUGGUCGUCACUUUGAAGAGGAGGAAGGGACAGGACUACAAAUGGUUUUCUCCUGCGAUCUUCUUGUUCCUCAGCAGCAUCAUUCCCUCCAUCUGGAUCCUGGAGCUUCACAACCAGCAGCAUAAAACCAAGGACCACGAGUGCAAAAACCUGGACUCGUUGGAGAACCUGAAGAUGGUGAUCAUGCUGAACCAGACGGCAGGAAACCACACGCAGCAGGACUACCUGCAGAACAUCAAUCACCUCUUAUCAUCGGUCUGCCCCAAUAACUGGAUCCUGGCUCUCCAUCAGAUCCUGCUCAUCCUUGUCAUCGUGGGGAAGUGGCUCCUUCCUCUGGGAGGCGGGGUCACCAAAGACGAGCUCUCUCAGCUGCUGCUCAUUUUCGUCGGCACGGCCGCGGACAUCCUGGAGUUCACCAGCGAGACGCUCUCCGACAUCAAUUCCAGAGAAAACAGUCCUCAGCUGGUCUACAUCAUCCUGGCCGUGUGGACGUGGAGCAUGCUGCAGUUCCCCUUCCAGCUCGCAGUGGUGAACACCAAAUCAGACGGCGAGGGGGACCAGGAGGACAAGGAGGCCUCACUCCUGCGCAGACACAGCACCGAUAUCUGGAAUGUGGUGGAAGCCUUGUUCAUCCAGGAUGGACCCUUCCUGCUGGUCAGACUCACCGUCAUGACGUACUUUGGCGUCUUCCAUCAAAUGCUGGUCUUCUUUGCCAUCAAGAACUUCCUGGUGGUGAUCCUGAACUUAUACAGGUUGGUGGUCAUAUGCCUGGAUUUUCGUCUGUCCAGGAGCAGCAGAGCCGCCAUUGUUCCCUGAGAACAAGUAUCGACUCACGUCCUGUUUACUUCAAACCAGACCAAAGUGCAUUUUGUUGUCCAAAAUUGCCACUGCUGGAUCCAUGGAUCCAUGGAACCCUAACCCUGAGAAGAACAAUUCUCACUGUUCAGAACAUUUUCUCCUUCAUUUUUGUUAUUUUUCAACUCUUUUCAACUUUUUUCCUAUUGGCUUUUUUUUCAUUCUUAUUAUUAAGGUGAGAAUGGGCUUCCAAACGGCUUGCAUCAACACUCAAAGUGAAUGCUUUUACAUCAUCGCUGCCCAUCAUGGCCGCUCCAGGACGUCAGCCUCCUCCACCCUUGUCUAUUUCCUUCCAGGCAUUUGAGCAUCGAUUCAUAGAAAGUCCGGACAUGAUAAAAUAUACAUGUCAGUCCAUGUUUUUGUUAAUGAUGUUUACAUGUAUUUCUCCAUCGAACCUAUCAUUCAUUUUAAAUAAAAAAUGGAAGUUCAUAUUUUUUUGUAAAACACACAUUAAAUAACUAGCAUUAAUGCACAUAUUUAUCACUGCAAUGAGAGUAAAUAAAUAAACGUGUUUCCUCCACAUCCAUGAAAUAAAUAAAAAUUCAUACCUGUUGAUUUAUUCACCAAAUUAUGAUGUAACAUAAAAAAAAGAUAAUAGGGCCUGGGGCCAUUUCUGCCUCACCAAAUAAUUUCAUGUGGCCCCCAAUUAUUUUGAAUAGUUUGCAGAUGUGUUACGCUCAAAUUAGCUUUGAAUAAUUGAAAAGAAAAGCAACCUAAUAUUCAGGUAGAAUUCUUGUUUUCUGUUAAAGGAGUGCUCGUCAGAGUUGAAUUUUACAUUAACUGGUCUUAACAGACGGCGUCAGUUUUAGCUUUUCUACUCUGGCUACCAGAGUAAUUUAGAAUUGCUUUUAAAAGUUUACUAGUCAUGUUUUGAGCUCAUCUCUUCCUGCUACAUCCCUGACAUGCUGACCACCCAUGAGAAGGCUGAAAUCAUAAGGGGACCAAACCAUUUUCGUCUGUGCAACUCGACUUUUGAACAGUACCUGAGGAGAUAAGACAGGCUCAGUCUGUGACCUCUUUUAAGUCACUUUUAAAAGAUUUUUUUACAAACUGGCUUUAAUGUGAUGCUUUCUCAAUGGAUGUCUAGGUUAUUUCACUGUCAUACGGCAUUAUACUUUUUUGGUUCUCCAUUUAUUAUGAGUCUUUCGUGUGUUGCAGAAGCGUGUCAUGUCCACU